UUGUGCCAAAUUAAUACAAAAUUUUGGCUGAACCGUUUAGAACAUUUAAAAGUGUUAAAUUUAACACGAGAUUUUUUACUGCGUUUUCUACAUUUCAUUUUUUACUCAUUUUUUUUACUUUCAUUUUUUAUUUACACGUAUGAUGAUUAUUGCAACAAAAACACGCACAGAGUGUAACUUUGUACACUUAGCACAUGGAAUUCAUUGCGAAAUAACUUUGGAGUUAUUCCGUGUAAAGUUAAUUUGACGAUUCUGUAUCACGGAACGUUAUACGGAGUUCAAUUCUCUCAAACUAAAUCUGUACCCGCCAGUGUCAUAGCGGAAUAUGAAACUAUAUCCGAGCGCGUCCUGACCCCACCUCCCAAUACCGCGGCUCUGAUGGAACUCAUCAAGUUCGUCCAAACUACCAGUGACGUUACUCUAAAGAGCCUGGAGCUCAGGCUGCUGGACGUGAUCGAGCACGUCGCGUUUCUGUCUGAUUACUGGCUGCUAACGGAAAGCGAGAUAACUAACAACAACGUGGCCUUCCAGUGGUAUCACAGAAUGCCCCAGAUCUUUGAAGACAACCGGUUGAUCAUCGAGAACAAGACGCGGGAGUAUCAAGACGCGUUAAAAGUUAGAUAUCAAAAGUUCAUAGAGGAACUGGACUCGUACGUGAAACAAGUGGAAGAGAUGCAAUAUUGGGGAGACAUCGAAGAGGUGAAUCGGUACCAGCGCAGGGCGCAAAACUUGGAGAACCGGCUGAUCACGGCGAUGGAUAAGAUUGACAAGUUUAAUGAGGAAGAAAGCGCCUUUGGCUGGGAGAUUACGCAAUAUCCUCUGAGAAAACGGAUUGCCGAUCGUUUGCAACCUUUCAAGAAGUUGUUCGACUGCAUCUGCGAGUAUUUGACCAAAUACGACAAAUGGAUAAACAGCACGAUCGGCAGCUACAAUCCCGAAGACAUUGACAACGACGUAGGAACGUUUUACAGGACGAUCUACAAGCUGGAGAAAGCGUUCCAGGAACCGGACGUGCGCGAGUUGGCGGCUGCAAUUCGCGAGAAGAUCGAGGAGUUUAAGAGUCGGAUGCCAGUGGUGAUGACCCUUGGCAAUCCCGGGAUGAAAGAGCGGCAUUGGGAACAGAUUUCCGCGAUCGCGGGCGUUACCAUUCAAUUCGACGCCGAUUUGACGUUGGGCAAGGUCCUGGCCAUGGGUCUGGACGCUUUCAUCACGCAAUUCGAAGGAGUGUCCGAGGCCGCCACGAAGGAGGACACUCUCGAAAAGGGCAUGGACAAGAUGCAGCGGGACUGGACCGACAUGGCAUUUACGGUGAAUCCUUACAAGGACACCGGUACCUACGUCAUCGCCGGCGUCGACGAGAUACAGCUCCUGCUGGAUGAUCAUAUCACGAAGGCGGUGACCAUAAAAAACUCGCCCUACAUCAAGCCCUUCGAAGCCAGAAUAAUCAAGUGGGAAAAAACAUUGCACCUGCUGGAGGACAUUCUGGACCAAUGGCUAAAGGUGCAAGGUACAUGGAUGUACUUAGAGCCAAUCUUCACUUCGCCGGAUAUUCAACAACAAAUGCCGGAAGAAGGGAGAAAGUUCGCACAAGUCGACAAAAUUUGGCGGGACAUCAUGAAGAACGUUUACGCCGAGCCGCACGUUCUUGCCAUCGUCGAAAUCGAGAAGAUGUUGGAGCGGUUGAAAAAGAGCUUCGGGCUGUUGGAGCUAAUUCAGAAAGGUCUGAAUGAAUAUUUAGAGAAGAAGAGACUCUUCUUCCCCAGAUUCUUCUUCCUCUCCAAUGACGAGCUACUGGAGAUCCUCUCCGAGACGAAGGAUCCUACGCGUGUGCAGCCACAUCUGAAGAAAUGCUUCGAGGGCAUAGCUCGACUGAAAUUCAACGAGGACCUCGAGGUGCUGGCGAUGCGAUCCACGGAGGGCGAGGAGGUUGCUAUUCUGGAGAUCAUAUCCACUUCUAUGGCUCGAGGACAAGUCGAGAAGUGGUUGAUCGAGCUCGAGACGGAGAUGCGGAAGAGCGUGCGGCACAUGGUGAGCCAAGCGCUCCUGGCGUAUUACGUCAAGGCAAGGACGGCCUGGGUCCUCGAAUGGCCCGGUCAGACCGUCCUCUGCGUGGAUCAGACAUAUUGGACGCAACAAGUCGAGGAGGCCAUGCUGAAGGGAGUGGCCGGUUUGGAGAGGUACUUGGCCCAGUGCCAGGAAGAGCUGAACGGCAUCAUUCUGUUAAUCAGAGGAACCCUCUCAAAGCAGAAUCGUAUCACCUUGGAGGCGCUGGUUACUAUAAACGUUCACAGCAAGGACGUCCUCGCGGAGCUAUGUAGGGAGAAAGUUGUAAAAAAUACCGACUUCAGAUGGCUUUGCCAGCUUAGAUACUACUGGCUGGAGGACAACAUGUGGGCGUACAUGAUCAACUCGUACAUUCGCUACGGCUGCGAGUACCUUGGCAACACGUCUCGCUUAGUAAUCACCCCCUUGACGGAUCGAUGCUACCGCACUCUUUUCGGCGCCCUGAGCCUUCAUCUGGGCGGCGCGCCUGAAGGACCGGCCGGUACCGGGAAAACGGAGACCACGAAGGACCUGGCGAAGGCGGUCGCCAAACAGUGCGUUGUCUUCAAUUGCUCCGAGGGCCUCAACUACAUCGCGCUGGGCAAGUUCUUCAAGGGUCUCGCCUCGUGCGGCGCCUGGUCCUGCUUCGACGAGUUCAAUCGGAUCGACCUGGAGGUCCUGUCGGUCGUCGCGCAGCAGAUUCUGACGAUCCAAUGCGCGAUCAACGCCGGCACCGAGAAGAUGGUCUUUGAGGGCACGGAGAUCUACCUCGAUCCCACCUGCGCUAUAUUCAUCACCAUGAACCCGGGCUACGCCGGCAGAACCGAGCUGCCGGACAAUCUCAAGGCCCUCUUUCGCCCGGUGGCGAUGAUGGUGCCCGAUUACGCUCUCAUCGCGGAGAAUACUCUGUACUCUUACGGCUUCUACAACGGAAGACCGCUAGCCGUGAAGAUCGUCACCGCUUAUAAACUCUGUUCGGAGCAGCUCAGCAGUCAGCAUCAUUAUGAUUAUGGUAUGAGGGCCGUUAAAUCUGUGCUGAUCGCCGCCGGUAACCUGAAGCUUCGCUACCCCGACGAGUCCGAGGACAUCUUGAUGCUGAGAAGUAUUCUUGACGUUAAUCUGCCGAAGUUUCUAGUCCACGAUUUGCCACUCUUCGAAGGAAUAGCUUCUGAUCUGUUUCCCGGCGUCGUGUUGCCGUCGCCGGAUUACACGCACAUCAACGCGUGCACGCGGGACGCGUGCGCCGCGGCGAAUCUUCAAUGCACGGACCACUUCCUGGAGAAGAUCCAACAGAUCUACGAGAUGAUGAUCGUACGCCACGGCUUCAUGAUCGUUGGAUUACCGUUCGGCGGCAAGACAUCGGCCUACAGGAUGCUGGCGGACUGCCUCGGCCUCCUGGAGGACCGAGGGUUGAUGGACGAGCAUCGCGUGGAGAUCACCGUCAUCAAUCCCAAAGCUAUAACGAUGGGCCAAUUGUACGGUCAGUUUGAUCCCGCGUCGCACGAGUGGAGUGACGGAGUCCUGGCGGUGUCCUAUCGAGCCUUCGCCACUUCCGUCAACCUGAACAGGAAGUGGCUAGUCUUUGACGGGCCGGUAGAUGCAAUUUGGAUUGAGAAUAUGAACACCGUGCUGGACGACAAUAAGAAGCUCUGCCUCACCUCCGGGGAAAUCAUUCAACUCGCACCUACGACAAAUCUGAUUUUUGAACCCAUGGAUUUGGAGGUUGCGUCGCCUGCCACGGUUUCGCGGUGCGGUAUGAUCUACAUGGAGCCGGUGAGUCUGGGAUGGACGCCACUUUUGAUCUCAUGGCUGAAUACAUUACCGCCCAGUUUCACAGGGGAUAUUAAGAGCCAUUUGAAGGACAUGUACCUGCGCUUUUGUCCGCCUCUGCUGCAUCUGAUUCGCCGUUGCGGCGUAAAGGAAAUGAUAACGAUGCCGGAUGCUAAUCUAACGCGCUCGGUUAUGUACCUGUACGACUGCUUCCUUGAUGAUUUUCGCGAUGAGAAGUACGUGAGCGCGCUCUCCGAGUUGAACAUGACAGCGCAAGUGGAAGGCUGCUUCUUUUUUUCGUGCAUCUGGGCGAUGGGUGUCACGCUGAUGGUCACCUACCGCGACUGGUUCAGCAUGCUCUUCAGGGCGUUGACAGAAUGUGAAUUUCCGGAGGACGUGCGCCAACGCUUUGGCAUAUCGUCGGAAAUCGGCGAUCCAAAGAAGCCAUACAUUGUCCCUCUACCAACUACCGGUUCGGUCUUCGAUUAUAAAUAUAUAAAGGAAGGCAAGGGCAUGUGGAAACCCUGGCUGGAGGAUCUGAAGGAUGUUCCAGCGAUCCCCAAGGAUAUGCCAGUAAACCAGAUCAUCGUCUCCACGGUGGAGACCGUUCGAUAUUUCCACCUCUUCUGGUAUCUCGUGCGACAUCACAAGCCGGUUCUUCUGGUCGGACCGACUGGCACCGGAAAGUCCGUCUACAUUAUGGAAUUUUUACUGAAAAAGAUUAGCCGCGCAAUCUUCAAGCCGCUCUUUGUGAUAUUUUCGGCGCAAACUACUGCAAAUCAAACGCAGGAUAUCAUCAUGAGUAAACUGGAUCGAAGAAAGAAAGGUCUGUAUGGUGCACCACCCGGUCAGCACUGUGUGAUCUUCGUGGACGACGUGUCGAUGCCGCAGAAAGAAGAAUACGGCGCGCAACCCCCCAUUGAACUUCUGCGCCAGUGGCUUGAUCACUGGACCUGGUACGACCGCAAGGAAGUGGUGCCGAUCAAGCUUGUAGACGUCCAGUUAAUGUGCGCGAUGGGUCCGCCUGCGGCCGGACGUGACGUCACGCCGAGGUUCAAGCGGCACUUCGUUACCCUGGCGAUCUCCGAGUUCGACGACGACGUUCUGGUCACCAUAUUUGGCAGGAUCACCGCCUGGCACUUCGCCACCCGCGGCUUCCCGGAGUUCUUCGAGCCGUGCAUCGAUCAAGUGGUCCACGCCACUCUGGACGUGUACAAGGAGACCAGGCGGAACCUGCUGCCAACUCCCGCGAAGUCGCAUUAUCUGUUCAACCUACGCGAUUUCUCGCGGGUCAUUCAGGGCGUGCUGCUCUCCACCCCCGAGGCCAUCAGCGAUCUGAUAAGCAUGAAGCGUUUGUGGGUCCACGAGGUGCUUCGAGUCUACGGGGACCGAUUGGUCGACGAGGCUGACAGCAGGUGGCUGGUGGAUCAAAUCCGGAAGACAAUAAAAGAGCACAUGAACGACGACAUGGACAACAUUUUUCAAGAUCUGCAAGAUAAGCCUGGCGCAGAAAUAACGGAGGUGCAUCUGCGAAACCUCGUCUACUGCGACUUCCACGAUCCGAUCGCCGAACAGAAAUUGUACAUGGAGGUUCAAAAUUGGGACGAGCUCGCCGAAGCGGUGGACGAGUAUCUCGCGGAGUACAAUGAUAUCUCGAAGACGCCUAUGGACCUGGUGCUUUUCAGAUUCGCGAUAGAACAUCUCUCAAAGAUCUGCCGGGUGAUGAUGCAGCCUCGCAGCCACGCUCUUCUGGUUGGCAUGGGCGGUUCAGGUCGGCAAUCUCUGACGAAGUUGGCCUCUCAUAUAUCCGACUACGAGCUCUUCCAGGUGCAGAUAUCCCAGCUGUACGGUAUGCACGAGUGGCACGAGGAUUUGAAGAACAUUCUGCGGAAGAGCGCCGCGAGUGACCUGCACACGGUCUUCCUCUUCAUGGACACGCAGAUCAAGGAGGAGGGCUUCCUGGAGGACAUCAGCAAUCUCCUCAACUCCGGCGAGGUGCCCAAUCUCUUCGCGGCGGACGAAAAGUCCGAGAUCUGUGAGAAAAUGCGAAUCAUCGAUCGGCAGAGAGACAGGUCCGUGCAGACGGACGGCAGCCCAGUGGCGCUCUUCAACUUCUUCGUCCAGACGGUACGCGAGCAUUUGCACGUGGUGGUGACGAUGUCGCCGAUCGGCGACAACUUCCGCACUCGGAUUCGCAAAUUUCCCGCCCUGGUUAAUUGCUGCACCAUCGACUGGCUGCAACCCUGGCCGGAAGACGCCCUGCUGGCGGUCGCCUCGCAGUUCCUGAGCGAGAUCGAUAUACCGAUUGGCGAACGUCACUCCUGCAUCACGAUGUGUCAAUACUUCCACACGUCUACGCAGGAGCUGACGAAGGAUUUCCUGAGACGGCUGAAUCGCCAUAACUACGUCACGCCAACGUCCUACCUGGAACUCAUCAAUACGUUCAAGAAUCUACUAGAUCGGAAACAGAAGGAGGUAUUACAAGGCAAGAAGAGGUAUGAGGCUGGCCUCGGCAGGCUGGACAGCACGCGUAAAGAGGUCAGCAGGAUGCAACAAGUCUUGGUAGCUCUUCAGCCCAAGUUGUUGGUGGCGGCGAAGGACGUGGAGGGCAUGUUCCUGGAUGUGCAGCGGCAGAGCGAGGAAGCGAGCGAGAUCGAGCAGAUCGUCAAGAAGGACGAGGAAGCCGCUAUGAUUGUAGCCGCGGAAGCUAAAGAGAUCCGCGCCGAGUGCGACGCAGACCUUCAGGAGGUGAUGCCGAUACUGGAUGCGGCGAAUGCCGCUCUGAAUACCCUGACUCCGCAGGACAUUCAGAUAGUGAAGUCCAUGAAACGUCCACCGGCCGGUGUGCGACUGGUCAUGGAAGCGAUUUGCAUAUUGAAGGACGUGAAACCAGAGAAGAUGCAGGGUCCGGAGGGUCCGAUGGACGACUACUGGAAGCCGUCGCUUCGCAUUCUGGGCGACAUACAUUUUCUGGAAUCGCUGCUGAACUACGACAAGGACAACAUCCCCGAGCGCAUCAUGACCAAGAUCCGCACGACGAUCCUGACGAAUCCAAACUUCGAUCCGGAACACAUCAGGCAGGUGUCUACCGCCUGCGAGGGUUUGUGCCGCUGGGUGUUCGCGUUGUCGGAAUACGACAAGGUCGCUAAGGUGGUGGCGCCGAAGAAGCAAGCCCUGGCGAAGGCCGAGGCCAACUACUCCGCGGCGAUGGAGCAGCUGACGCUAAAGAGAAACCAGCUGCAGGAGGUGCGAGAAAGAUUGGCCAGAUUGGAGACUCUGUUGGCGCAACGAAGGGUUGAGUAUCAGGCGAUGACCGAUGAGGUGAAGGAGUGCGAGGAGAAGCUGAGGAGAGCCGAGGAACUGAUCGGGGGCCUCGGUGGCGAGUACACCAGAUGGUCCGAGACCGCCAAAUUGCUCGGGGAAAGCUACCACAGAUUAACGGGAGACAUUUUAAUCGGUUCCGGCGUGGUGGCCUAUCUUGGCGUCUUCACGAUGCAGUAUCGACACCAGCAGGUGGAGAACUGGGUGAAAUUUUGCACCAGCUUGAAGAUCGUCUGCACUCAGGACUUUCAGCUCACCCAGGUGCUGGGCGACCCGGUGCUCAUCCGCACCUGGAACAUAUUCGGCCUACCGAGCGACUUGUUUUCCAUCGACAACGCCAUAAUCAUCACGAACUCGCGGCGCUGGCCACUCAUGAUCGAUCCGCAGGGCCAGGCGAACAAAUGGGUGAAAAAUAUGGAGAAGACGUCAAAUCUGAAUGUCGUCAGACUAACGCAGUCGGAUUACAUGAGGAUUCUGGAGAACGCCGUGCAGUUCGGACAGCCGGUACUGCUGGAGAACAUCGGCGAGGAACUGGACGCGGCCCUAGAACCGUUGCUGAUGAAGCAGACCUUCAGGUCCGGCGGCGCGCUGUGCAUCAAGAUCGGCGACAGCAUUAUCGAGUAUUCUGAUAAAUUUCGAUUUUAUAUCACCACGAAAUUGCGAAAUCCACACUAUUUGCCAGAAGUAGUGGUAAAAGUAACUCUGUUGAACUUCAUGAUCACUCCGGUCGGUCUGGACGAUCAGCUUCUGGGAAUAGUCGUUGCGAAGGAAAGACCCGAGCUCGAGGCCGAGAAAAAUCAACUGAUAGUUCAAGGAGCGGCUAAUAAAAAGAUGUUAAAAGAGAUAGAAAACAAGAUCUUGGAGGUACUGUCCGCGUCCAAGGAGAACAUUCUCGAGGAUGAAACUGCCAUUGCUGUGCUGAGUUCGUCGAAAAAUCUGGCAAACGAGAUUCAAACUAAACAGACUGCCGCUGAAAUUACCGAGAAGUCGAUCGACGCGGCGAGAUUGCAAUACACGCCGAUUGCAGUCUACAGUACCGUUCUCUUCUUUACGAUUGUCAUGCUGGCGAAUAUCGAUCCAAUGUACCAGUACUCUCUCGUCUGGUUCGUCAAUCUCUUUAAGAAUACGAUUGACAACACGCCGACGGUGGAGGACAUAAAGCAGCGUCUGAAGGAUCUCACCAGGUGCUUCACCUAUUCCCUGUACGUCAAUAUAUGCCGCUCGCUCUUCGAGAAGGACAAGCUGCUUUUCUCGCUUCUGCUGUCCGUGAACUUGCUGAACAAGCAGGGCCAGCUCUCGAUGGCCCAGUGGAUGUUCCUGCUGACGGGCGGCGUCGGCCUCGAAAAUCCCUUCGCCAAUCCCGUCGAAUGGCUGCCGGCGAGGUGCUGGGACGAGCUUUGUCGAUUGGACAGCGUGCCAGGGUUCACGGGAAUAAGACAGUCCUACACGAAAAGUAUCGACGAGUGGAAGAUGAUAUUCGAUCACAAGGAGCCUCACACUGCGUUAUUUCCUGCUCCUUGGAACAAAUUGAGCAGCUUCGAAAAAAUGCUGGUGCUCCGUUGCAUUCGUCCCGACAUGAUAGUGUCGGCGGCGCAAUUAUUCGUCAAAGAACAAUUAGGGCAUCAGUACAUCGUACCACCUCCCUUCGAUUUGGUGGCAUCCUUCGCGGACUCGCACUCCUGCAUCCCGUUGAUAUUCGUUCUGACACCUGGCGCGGAUCCCAUGGCGAUCUUGCUGAAAUUCGCCGACGACCAGGGCUUCGGUGCCAGCAGACUGUUCUCCUUGUCUCUAGGCCAAGGUCAAGGGGUCAUCGCCGAGGGUCUCAUCGACGAGGGCGUGAAGAACGGCACCUGGGUGGUGUUGCAAAAUUGUCACGUCGCCAAGACCUUCAUGGUCACUCUGGAAAAAAUAUGCGAGAGCUUCACGAAGGAGACGGUGCAUCCCGACUUCCGGCUGUGGUUGACGAGUUAUCCGGUCGAACAUUUUCCGGUCAGUGUCCUGCAGAACGGCGUGAAGAUGACGAACGAGCCUCCCAAAGGGCUGCGCGCGAAUAUCCUGCGGUCUUUCAACCAGGACCCGAUAUGCGAUCCCGACUUCUUCGACACGUCGAAACAGCGGUUGACCUUCAAACAGCUGCUCUUCUCGCUCUGCUUCUUUCACGCCAUAGUGCAGGAACGACGGAAGUUCGGGCCGAUCGGCUGGAACAAUCAAUAUGAAUUCAACGAGACCGAUCUACGUAUCAGCGUGCUGCAGCUGAAGAUCUUGCUCGACCAAUACGACGAUGUUCAGUUCACCGCAUUGAAGUACCUGACCGGCGAGUGUAAUUACGGCGGUCGCGUGACCGAUGAGUGGGACCGACGGACCCUGACUACAAUCCUGUCGCGAUUCUAUCAUGAGGAUGUGGUCGUGGCCGAUCGGAAAUAUCUUUUCGACCCCAGCGGCCUUUAUUACGUACCGCCAGUCAGCGAAUACAGCCAAUUCCUGGACUACGUGAGAGAAUUGCCGAUGACUACCGCGCCUAGUGUCUUCGGCAUGCACGAGAACGCGGACAUCAUUAAGGACCAGCAGGAGAGCUACUUAAUGCUGUCGUCCAUACUGACUACUCAGGACACCGGUCAGACGGAAGUAGACGCCGAGAAGUCACCCGACGAGAUCGUCUACGGCGUCGCGGCCGACAUCCUGUCGAGGUUGCCGCAGGACUAUGAUCUGGUGGCUGCUCUAGACAGAUACCCCACGCUGUACGAGCAAAGCAUGAACACCGUGCUGGUGCAAGAGAUGGGCAGAUUCAACAAACUCCUGCAGACCAUCCGGAGCAGCCUCGUGAACAUCCAGAAGGCGAUCAAGGGUCUGGUGAUAAUGGAUCCGGGUCUCGAAGAGGUUUAUUCGUCGAUCAUCAUUGGCAGGAUUCCCAAGAUGUGGCUGAGGGCUUCCUACCCUUCCCUAAAGCCGCUCGGCAGCUACGUAUACGAUUUUCUGAAGAGAUUAAAUUUCCUCCAGGAUUGGUACACGGACGGUCCUCCUACGUCUUUCUGGAUUUCCGGUUUCUACUUCACGCAAGCGUUCCUGACCGGCGCCCGUCAGAAUUACGCGAGAAAGUACUCCAUUCCCAUUGAUCUACUGAUCUACGAUUUUUUCCCUUUAAAGGAUACCGUUUUCGGAAGCCCGCCGGUAGACGGGGUGUACAUUUACGGGUUGUUUCUUGACGGAGCUCGCUUUAAUAUGGACACGAUGAAGCUCGACGAAUCCUUCCCUAAGAUCCUUUACGAUACCGUGCCUUACAUUUGGCUGAUGCCGGUGACGAAGGACCAAGUGCAAGAUAAGGACACGUAUACGUGUCCGGUGUACAAGACCAGCGAGAGGAAGGGCGUGCUGUCGACCACCGGCCAUUCGACCAAUUUCGUCAUCGCGAUUUGGCUGCCGACGUCGCAUCCGCCGGACCACUGGAUCCUACGUGGCACCGCCAUGCUGUGCCAGCUGUCGGAAUAAUGCGGGAUUGAUCUCCCGCUCGAUGGAAAAUCCUUGAGAGACUGGAUAUUUUAAUGAGGCCGCCUUGAAAAAUGCACAUCGUCAUAAUUGGCUUUCUUCAGCGAAUUAAAUUCCUACCAUUAUUUCUACGGAGACUACUUAAUUAUCCCUCUUAAUGAUCCGAAUAAAUUGAUUCCAAAUGA